GUGGAUGGCCACGCGACUAAAAUUAUAUUACAUGAUGUUCUACACAUGCCGUUGGCUUCUAAAAACCUGAUAUCAGUGUCUAAAUUAGAUGAAGCCGGAGGUCGUGCCAUAUAUGGAAACGGAAAAGUCCGGCUUCUAAGUCCCGCCGGCAACACUUUAGCUGUGGGCACCCUCCGCAAUCGACUUUAUUAUUUUGAUUGUGAGCCAAUAACAAAAGAACGUGCUUAUAUAAGUGACGAACCAUGCGCACGAACGUGGCUUGACUGGCAC